AAAUGAAGAGAAGUUUUAUUGAAUGCUUAUGAAUGGAGUGUUCACAUUUAAAAUAAUAUAUUUACAGUAGAUCGUGCAGUAUGUAACAAAAAAUUUGACUUUGUAAAUUUCAAAUAGACACACAGACAUUUAAGGCGUAACUAUGGCAACAUCAAAACAUGUGAUCAAGGAAAAGAAGGAUAUUCUUAUCCUGUUUGAGGAGAAAGAUUCGAAGGAUUGGACACAGUUUAUACAGGAAUGUUUUACAGACUGUCCAAAACGUUUGUUAAUAGAUGUGCUAGACUUGAAUACAAAUAUUGAUGAGAUCAUCUCCCAGGCAUCAUCAUACUGGAUGGUACUAGUGAUAAUUUCUAACGAAAUGUUGAAAACAAUGGAAUCAAAGGCUAGCGUAUUGAAUCCUUGUCUGCAGAAACAUCCUAGUGUAUCUGCUAUAAAGUUGUACCUGGAAAAGGAGAAAUUUAGUAUAAAAUUCCGCCAGGAUUUUAAGAGUUGUGACCAGUGGAAAGAGUUUAUUGUAGGAGCCGAUACCGAUGUAGAUCAUGUACAAAAAAUCAUCUCAGAGAUUAUAAAUGAACUGGAAAAAGUGAAUACACCUGAAAAACAUACAUCAGAAAAACAUACAAGGAAUAGAAUACACUACAUAGGUCCUGACCAAGUUAGACAGGGUGGUGAGACAAUGACUCUUGUAUUAAGAACACCUGUUACUAAAGGUCAGUGUGUUCAGGUACAGGUUGGAGCUGAGAACACACCACUGAUUGAUACCAAAACUCUAAAUACUUACUGUUUCACAUUUAAAGCACCAGCUCACAAGGCAGGCAGAGCUGAUGUCAGAUUAUUAAUUGAUGGGCAGAAAAUUUGCAAGAAAUCUAUUUAUUAUUCCUCAAUGACCCGGUUUGCCUACACAUGUCCGGAAUUUUUAUGUCAGCUCCUGGGUUUAAAUCAUGAUGAUAAAGCUGGUCUAGAUACAGAACUAACAAACAUAUUUAACAACAGUGCUCCACAAGAUGGUUCUCUACAAUGCCUUCUGACACCAAAAAAUCUUCAAGCCACUUCUACUGGUGGCACAGAAGGUCGUGGUGAGUUACCUACCUUGUUACAUUUUGCCUGUAAGUUUGGUUUAAAUGACCUUGCUGUUAGUGUGAUGGAUACACCAGGAUCUAGUAUAGCUGUAAAUAUGGACAAUGAACAAGGUUUGACACCACUCGAUAUUGCUUUAGAAACCAACAAUGAGGAAUUGGUCCAGUAUUUGGAGAGCUUUGUGGAAAUGCACAACUAUGUGACGGAGAUAGAAGAUCUGUAUGAGAGGAUGAGUGGAGGAAAGGCAUUAGACCCUUACAUAAAUCUAGGUGAUGGCAAAAAUAAAUACCUUCAAAUGGGGAGACCUAGUGAUGUUCAGGAAGCCUAUGUGGAAGCAAGAGUGGCUAGUAGAUUAUCUGAUUAUGAAACAACCGAUGCCCCGCCCACAUUCCCAGGGGGCCCUGAGGAAGUUGCUGAGGAAGAUGAUAUUCCACCUGAAGUACCACAGCGGCCUCAUGCAGCGAAAAAGCCAGUAAAAGACACAACAUCCAGCCAACAAACAUAUUAUAGAGAACCACCAAGUGUCAUGGAUCAAUGGCCAGCUAUACCAGAGGAUGAUUUUUUUGCAGGUAAAUCUGAGUUGCCCUCUCAUAGCAUGGGCUCUACAAAUCUUGAUGAGUUAUCCGAGUAUGGUGAAGCGUUUAAGCGUGGAGAUUUUAGUUUAGAUGAUAUUGAACGACUGUAUAAAGCCUGGCAUGAAAGAAAUAGAGAUGCUUCUUCCUCCUCUAUCAAGGAACGAAAGAAACAAUUGGAUGAAAUGAAGGACACAUACCAGAGUUUAAUGUCUGUCAAGAAAGGAGGAGCUGCAAGGAAAAAAUCAGUUAUGUUUUGGAAAAAGAAAGAAAAACCAAUUGAAAUAGAUAUUCAGCACCAUGUACAACCAAACAAGUAUGAGUCCUGGACAAUUAUGAGAGGUACUGCACCUCCUAGAAGUCACCGUGAUAGCACUGUCAGUAAUAUCUCCAACACAAGCUCAUCAAGUUCAAGCUCGCGUGACAGUGCUCUAGGACCUGUAACAGAAGUUGACAGUGAUUCUGACAAUGAUGCUCCAUCAGUUCCUGUCCGCAGAAGGUCUGAAAAGACUCAGUCAGAACUUGAGAUAUAUGCUCAAUUACAUUUAUGAAUGCUUUAUCAACAGGAAAAGAAGGAGAACAGGCAGUCAUGGGGUGACCAAUUCUUGAAGAAAGUACAGAACCGACCAAACUCUCGACUACCAAAACCACCACCCACCAACCCUGUGUACGUUCGACAUAAACUACCAACUAUGCCAGAAAUACCUCCUAGACCUCCUAAACCAAGGCAUUACACCGAUUAGUGAAAGAUAUACCUUGUGGUUGAUUAGUUUAAGCAAAUUUU